AUGGGUAAUUCUCAGGGCAAGCUGUCUUCGCCAGAUUAUCCAGUCAACUUGAACCAAUUCAGAUUACUGCGCGUGGUGGGAAAAGGCGCCUUUGGAAAAGUCCGCAUCGUCGAGCGGAAGGAUACCGGUCUCACUUUUGCGUUGAAAUAUAUCAGAAAAGAUGAGGUUGUCCGGUCGGAGAGUGUGCGGAAUAUCAUCCGCGAACGGCGCAUGCUCGAACAUCUCAAUCAUCCAUUUCUCUGCAAUUUGAGAUACAGCUUUCAAGACAUGGAAUACAUAUACCUUGUCGUCGACCUUAUGAAUGGCGGUGACCUACGAUUCCACAUAUCCAGAAAAUGCUUCACAGAAGAGGCCGUCCGGUUCUGGAUGUCUGAACUUGCCUGCGCCCUACACUACAUUCAUGGCCAAGGCAUCGUACAUCGAGAUGUCAAGCCGGAUAACAUAUUGCUCGACUCGGAAGGACAUGUUCAUCUCGCUGAUUUUAAUGUCGCGUCCGACUUCAAACCAUCGAAACCCCUCACAAGCAGAUCAGGCACAAUGGCAUAUCUUGCCCCAGAAGUCUUCCAAGGCGGCGGAUACAUAUCCAAUGUCGAUUGGUGGUCGCUCGGUGUCACAUUCUAUGAAUGCAUAUACAACAAACGACCGUUUGAGGGCCGUAGCCACAACGCCCUGAGCGAAGCCAUCAUGCGCUCUCAACCAAAAUACUUCGUCACCAACCCUGCCGUUACCGUCCCCUGUCUCCACGCUCUCAGUGCCUUGCUGGAAAAGGACCCGGCUAAACGUAUUGGUGCCAUGAGCUUCGAAUCGUUCCAGUUCCACCCGUUCUUCGCCGAGAUAGACUUCGAAGCUCUCCAGAAUAAGGAGAUUGAGCCCGUCUUCGUCCCGUCGAGCGACAAGACCAACUUCGAUGCAACAUAUGAUCUGGAAGAGCUGCUCCUUGAAGAAGCGCCACUCGAAGCGCGCGCUCGCCGUCAGAAACCCCGAGCAGAACUCAAGGACGAUGCCACAGCCAAGGAAAUUCGCGAAGAGGAGCUCCACCGUAUCAUAGAGACCAUGUUUGAACCCUUCGACUACACGACGAUGAAUUACGAAACCACAGCAGCCGCUGCCAUCGCCGCCUCCGGAAACCCAGAAGACUGCCUUACACUGACGACCUCGCCGAGCCACAGACGCCGUCGCCGUAACCAUGACUCCCAGGGCCAAUCGGACUCUUCUUCCCGGACAGACAGAUCAAUCCGAACAGACAAGUCAAUCAGAACAGAAAAGUCCUACAAGUCCAACACCUCUGACCAUAUCCAUGCCCACGGCAACCUACAAAAUGACAGCGUCAAUCCUGGCUCCCCAUCCUCCGACCGCGGCGGUGCCCUCUCCCGCUCACCACCAACCCAGAAUCCUCCGGCCCCUCCCUCUCUACCUUCCCAACGCCAUGCCAACCGCUCCCACACCAUCAACUCGACAACACAGGGCCAUCCGCAGUACCCUCCUCCCCCACCGCCCGCAGCCCCGACAUCGCAGCCACAAGCCCGCGGUGCAACUCGCAACCGCAGCAAAUCAGGCGGUGUCCAGAUGGUCCUCGAAGAGACAGGUAGUUGGUCCGGAUUAGCUGAUCAGACUCCCACUGGAGAUGCACUUGCUAAUUGCAGCGGUAUGGGUGGGAACGGCCUUCAAAACAGCGGAACUGCAGCCGGGGGCCCCGGUACCGGCACAGGUGGGAUGUUUUCAUUCCUCAGCCGCAAGAAGGGGAGAGAAAGAAGCCCAAAACCGUCCGAACGUGGAGUGCUGGGCAAAGAAGGCGCGCGAGUUGUUAUUUCCGGUUGA